AUGGCGGCGGCUGCAACGGCGGCGGCGGCGACGCGGGAGCCCGCUGGGCGUGCCGGCUUGGGGCUCGGGCGCCCGCCUCGCUCCACACCCCGCGGGGCCCGCCAGCUCCCGGCCAGCCCGUGGGAGCUGGUGAAGCCCUCCGUGACCGAGCUCUCGCGGGCCGUCCGGAGCAACAUCCUGUGCACCGUGCCCGGCUGCGGCAAAGUGCUGCCCAACCCGCCGGCGCUGAGCAUGCACCUCAGCAAGGCCCACCGCGUGCAGCAGCAGCAGCAGGUGAGCGCCGCCCCCGCCGCGGCGUCGCCUCGGAGGGAUCCACCUAGUAAGAAAAGGAAAAUUGAAACUUCAAUAUCAAGUCAGUUGCUGGGGGAGAAAGUUAAAGAAGCUUCUGCCAAUGUCCACAGCAGAUGUACUAGCACUAAAGACUUGGAGACUUCUGUGAUCAAACCAGCAGCUUCCUUUGAAGAUUCCAGCCGCUCCUAUACCACUAAGCAAACACAAACGCAGCCCAAAAAUAUGCCAAAGUUGCUUCUGCCAAAGCCCAAAGUGGCUUUGGUUAAACUACCUGUAAUGCAGCUUACUCACUUGCCUAUCUUUGUAUCUGCGCCAGACUCUUCUGUCAAACCCGUUGUAGUUGCUGUUGAUGACAAAGGCUCUGUUAUGAGUACCGUUCACUUGAUGCCUCUGCCAUUAGGAAUUAUGAUGCCUGCACUGGAAGCUGAAAAUCUUGCAUUUAAAGACACUUUGACCCUUUCAAAAAACAAAAGUUCUGGCAGCAUUGAGCCAGUCAGCACAGGUAUUCAGGUCAAUUUGGGUAAAGUUACAUCAAAUAAUACAAUUCAUGGUCUGGAGGCUAUAUGCUACAAGAAUGGAAUUUGUUCCACAAAUGUACAAACUGAUCUAUCUUACAUUUCACAAAACUUUGUGCCCUCUACAGCCUGGACUCCCGAUUCCUCAGUGUCCUCUUUUUCUCAAACAGACCUGACAUUCAGUUCACAAGUUUUGCUGCCAAUUAGUGUACAGACACAGACCCUGUUGCCCAGUUCAAAGCUGACUUCAUCCAUCGCUGCUCAGACAGAUACACUUGCACAGGCUUGCUUCCAGUCAUGUGGAGUUUCUCGAGAGACUCAAACCACCAGGUCACAGAAAAGUAUUGAUGGGAGAGUACAAAUGGACCAGGCUGUAAUGUGCAAUGACAUUUUUGACAGUGUUAGUUCAUCGUUUAAUGAUUCAAACUCAGUUGUGCUUCCAGGCAGCAACUUGAUGGCUGCAGGCCUGGGUCAAAGUUUGCUACAAAGAGGAACCUGUAAAUCUUUGAGUCAGGACUCUAAGUGUGAGCCGAUUAUCAACUUCAGUGCACAGAAUAAUAUUCUCCCACAGCAAGUUAUGACAGACAAUCAAACCCAGACAAUGGAGUUACUGAAUGAUCUCGAAACUAUUUUUUCAAGUAAUACAGCCGGUCAGUCGUUGGAUAACCGUAGUCUUUUAACAGAUACUAACUCCAAUUCUGGGGCCCCACUCCCGUCUGGCCCUACACAGAACUCAGGAAUUGAUUUUGACAUAGAAGAGUUCUUUACAGCUUCAAAUAUCCAAACUCAGACAGAAGAGACCGAACUUGGUAACUUGAAUUCUGAGCCAGUCUUGGAAUCACUAGAUAUUGAAACUCAAACAGAUUUAUUUUCAGAUAAUGCCACACAGUCCUAUACCUGCCGAGGUAAUCCCAGUUUCUUAGGCUUGGAGAUGUUUGACACACAGACCCAGACAGACUUAAAUUUCUUUUUAGAUAGUCCCUACCUACCUUUGGGAAGCAUCUUGAAGCAGUCCAGUUUCUCUAUGAGCAUAGAUUCAUCUGAUACAGAAACACAGACAGAAAUGCAGUUUCCUGAGAGAAGUGCCUCUAAUCAGAUAGCAGAGAGCAAAGUCCAGCUGAACCGCUCAAGGGCAAUUCAUCGGCAAAGAACCAACUUAAUGGCUGGCAGAUGCUCCCCUUUCACCAUUACUUACUUGCAUCACCCAAAAAGCUAG